AUGGCAGAUGAGCUCUCCGACGAUAAACCUUCGCUGGAGUUGGAUCGAGAUGACAUCCAGCGUUUGAAGGAAGUCAUGCGCUGCUUGAAGGCAUUUGGAGGCAAACGUAUGCGACAAACAUGCCAGAAGAUGUUUGAUGCAUUCUGUCGAUGCGAAGGUCCAGAUCCCGACUGGAUUUCAUUCUCAUCUACAGAGGCGCGCUGGAUAAAUUUCAACCCGCAGAUGCGCGCUGUCUUCGGGAGAAGCAGGAGCUGCCGGUGUGAUGAAACUGCGGUGAAUGCAUGGAUCGAUGAGGCCAUGAGCGUGCUCUUCCACUGGAUAUCGAAGCAGAUCAUCGCAACUGAUGCCCGGGCGGCGCUCUUCCGCUCUCUGGGCCGUGGCUGGAUUUGGAUCCAGCUCUCGUCUUCAGGGGGCAGGGAAGACAAGAGCAAACUGCCAGAGGAGCAGAGAACUCGCUUCAAGUGGUGGUUCGAGAAUCUUAGCCGCUGCUUGGCAGGUGUGUUGCGGAAUAGGCAGCAUGACAUCGACAAAUUGAAGUUGAAGGGUGAGAUGCUCAAGAAGUACACCACGGGUUAUAUGCCUCUGUCAGAACUAGUCUUUCUGAUCUAUGGCAUUGCGCCCGCGAUGCCGAUCAUCGGUAUCCAGAAGUGGUCUCCGCACUACAAGGAAGUUGACAGAUGGGCUCGGGAUGACCUCGUGAGGAAAGCAGUCGAGAAACCGAUCGCAUCAGAGGCCGAAAGGCAGGAGUACGCAGCGCAUGUGGAGCAGCAGAAGACCCGCAAGCAGCGACAGAGCUAUGAAUGCAGAAAGUCAACACAGCAUGAGGCAGAGUUUGAAAGCUUGCUGGCAUCCUUGAAAAGAGAGGCCGGCCUGGCACCAGGUGACACUUCUCCGGACGAUGCGUCACCAGACGCUGACUUGUCCCCUGGCGCGGACGCCGAUGAGGAUGUCGUAGCUCAGAUCGCUAAGGAAGUGAAGGCCAAGAAGGCUGCAGUGGCCCGGAAGCCCGAGGUAGACAAGGCCGAGAAGGCCGAGAAGGCCGAGAAGGCCGAGAAGGCCAAGGACAUGGACGACAACGACGAAUUUCUGGACUGUUUCAGUGACGAGGGCCCAAAUCAUGCACGUGAUGUUGUGGCUCCUUCUUGA